CGCUGUCCGCGGUGCUGACGGCCCCGGCGCGGCGCACGAAGCCCGGCAGGUGCGGCCGGCAUGCGCCGCUGGCCGCCGCCGCUCUCCGCGGUGCUGACGCCGGCAGGUGCGCUCCGCUCCGCCGGCCCCGAACCGGCUGGGGCUCGCGGCUCUCCCUGGCGCUGACCCCGACACCCUCGGCCACUGCUUGGCCUGGAAAAAAACGGUGCGAUUUAGAUUUUUGCCCCUCCAAAAAAUAGCCAUUCUUUAUUUAGAUUCCAGCAUUCUCGCGUUUCCUCUGUGCCAAAGGGGCCCUCGGGCGUCCUUCUCCCCCUUCGCUCUCCCUAACUUGACGCACCCGCCCUCCCCUUCCUCCCUGACACUCCCACCACCCCCCCUCGACUCGGCGGCUCGGCGCGGUGCUGCAGAAGAUGCGCUGAGCCCUUCUGGAUCUAAUGCGCAGAGGAGGCUGGCCCAGCGCUCCCGGGCUCCCCCAAGGCUGAACUUAGUCCAAGGUGCCCGCAGGCUCCCUGCCCGCCUUCCCCAUGCCAGCCCGCAGCUAGGGGCAGGGGCAGCGGCGGCGGCUGGGGCCGGGGGUGGGUGGGGAGCUGCGGGGACGGUCGGGUCGCAUCUUGGCUAUGGAAGGCUCCAAUGGCUUUGGGAUCGACUCCAUCCUCUCCCACCGUGCGGGCAGCCCCGCCCUUCCCAAGGGGGACCCCUUGCUCGGGGACUGCGGGUCGCCCCUGGAGCUGAGUCCGCGCUCUGAGAGCAGCAGCGACUGUUCCUCGCCAGCCUCGCCUGGACGGGACUGUUUGGAGACCGGCGCCCCACGGCCUGGCGCAGCCCCGGGCCCCGGUUUGGACUCCCACCUGCAGCAGGGGCAGCUCUCGGCGCCGGCCCAGUCGCGCACCGUCACCUCCUCCUUUCUGAUCCGGGACAUUCUUGCCGAUUGCAAACCACUCGCGGCCUGCGCACCCUACUCCAGCAGCGGACAGCCGGCAGCCCCCGAGCCUGGCGGACGCCUUGCAGCCAAGGCCGGGGAGGACUUCAGAGACAAGCUGGACAAGGGUGGCAGCAAUGCGUCGUCCGACUCUGAAUAUAAAGUGAAGGAGGAGGGCGACCGCGAGAUCUCCAGCUCCCGGGACAGUCCCCCCGUGCGCCUGAAGAAGCCCCGCAAGGCGCGCACGGCCUUCACCGACCAUCAGCUGGCACAGCUGGAGCGCAGCUUCGAGCGGCAGAAGUACCUGAGCGUGCAGGACCGCAUGGAGCUCGCCGCCUCGCUCAACCUCACCGACACCCAGGUCAAGACCUGGUACCAGAACCGCAGGACUAAGUGGAAGCGACAGACAGCCGUCGGCCUGGAGCUGCUGGCGGAGGCGGGCAAUUACUCGGCGCUCCAGCGGAUGUUCCCGUCGCCUUAUUUCUACCCGCAGAGUCUGGUUUCCAACCUGGACCCGGGCGCGGCGCUCUACCUGUACCGGGGCCCCAGCGCCCCGCCGCCCGCGCUCCAGAGGCCCCUCGUGCCCCGCAUCCUCAUCCACGGACUCCAGGGCGCCAGCGAGCCGCCCCCGCCGCUGCCCCCGCUGGCCGGCGUCCUCCCGCGCGCCGCGCAGCCCCGGUGAGGCGCCCGCCCGCCCCGCGCCCAGGUCAACGUCCCUUGGGCUGGGGGCCGCCGGCCUUCCCGGGCGCCUCCCAUCUCUGCGUCCCCUCGAGGGUCUCGGGCCAGUCCGCCCAAGCCGGGCCCCCGGCUGCGUCCCCUUAGCCCUCCUGGCGCGGCCCGCGGUCUCUGU